GCCCCAAUCCUCGUCAUUUCACCUCUCUCUCUUUAUCGCUCUUUCGACUCUUCUUCGCUUCACCUUCCUCUCGCCGACGCCGAUGCGAUUUUGAAAACGAGUAAACCCUAGCUCAGGGGAACGACGACGACGUUCUCCGCAUCCUCAUCAUCGCCCACCCCCUUUGACCCCGCGCAUCCCCCCUUCAAAAUCCCCACAAACCCUAGUUUCCUCUCCCCAGAUCCACGCCGAUCGUGCCCGAAUCCCCCCUCGCCCGCGCUAGAUCCGUGCUCUCCGUCCCCGAUUCCUAGGGUUUCCGCGAGGUUUUGGAUGGUCCGGAGAUGUCGAGCGCGAUCCUGCCGAAGAACGAGACGGUGCAGAUCCGCGAGGUGUGGGGCGAGAACCUCGAGUCGGAGUUCGCCCUGAUCCGCGACAUCGUCGACGAGUUCCCGUACGUGGCGAUGGACACGGAGUUCCCCGGGAUCGUCCUCCGCCCCCUCGGGAGCUUCAAGACCAACUCCGACUUCAACUACGCCACCCUCAAGGCCAACGUCGACCUGCUCAAGCUCAUCCAGCUCGGCCUCACCUUCUCCGACGCCGCCGGCAACCUCCCCACCUGCGGCACCGGCCGCGGCUGCGUCUGGCAGUUCAAUUUCCGCGAGUUCGACGCCCACCGCGACGUCUACGCCUCCGACUCCAUCGAGCUCCUCCGCCAGAGCGGCAUCGACUUCAAGAAGAACAACGAGAAGGGCAUCGACGCCCACCGCUUCGCCGAGCUGCUCAUGUCGUCCGGCAUCGUGCUCAACGACUCCGUCCACUGGGUCACCUUCCACAGCGGCUACGACUUCGGCUACCUCCUCAAGCUCCUCACUUGCCAGAACCUCCCCGACACCCAGGCCGGCUUCUUCGCCCUCAUCAAGAUCUACUUCCCCAUGGUCUACGACAUCAAGCACCUCAUGAAGUUCUGCAACAGCCUCCACGGGGGCCUCAACAAGCUCGCCGAAUUGCUCGAAGUCGAGCGCGUCGGGAUCUGCCACCAGGCCGGGUCCGAUAGCUUGCUCACGUCCUGUACCUUCAGGAAGUUGAAGGAGUCGUUCUUCAACGGCUCCACCGAAAAGUACGCCGGCGUGUUGUAUGGUCUCGGUGUGGAGAAUGGGUUGAACACUCAUUGAGUGGGGAAAAAAAGGAGAAAACUUUAUUCUAAUAAAAUAUGAAUUAAUGAAAAGAUAGUCUGUUUGGUGAAAAUAUAUUUCUCAUUUCCGUGUCGAUUUGUUCGUUUUGGUGCAAUUUGCUUUAGAUAUGUUAAUUAGAUGCGCAAAGGCAUUGGCUUUAA